UCAGCCCAGGCACGGGACUCGUCACGCCGUGAUCGUCCGGUUGAUAAAUUCGGCGAGAACCUUUAUCGCGCCCAUUUCGCCCUCGAUGGCCGCUGCUGCUGAUCUUAUCAGCUGUCAGAACGCCGGACGUUGUGAAUCGAUAAUGGCGUUACGGGGUAAUGCUAACGAAGCUAACUAAUCACAAUGGUCACUGCGCAACUACGCCGGGAAGAUGUUUGGCUUCGUGGUUCCCGAGGACAAUAAUAAUUUAUCUCUGCAACGUUUACGUGGCAGCAGUUGACUUCCUUCUGUGGCUUCUAAAUGUAACGGCACGCGCAGCCAACGACUGGAGAAACGAGUGGUUAUCGAGGUACGAGUGCCUUGUGUCCCAGGGUCCGACUUUGCAGUGUUGCGGAGAGUCGGACUGACAGGGGCUGGAAUUGCCAUACCGGGUAAUGGAAUCUUUACGGCGCGCGUAGUUGUAAACUGCUGCGGAUAGGAAUCUUUUUUAUAACAAG